UCGCGGGCUGUUAGUGUGAGCAAGGUAAAGGUUGGGUGUCUCGCGCCCCCGGCCACUGGGAGGGUGGAGCGGGGGCCCCUCCCCCCACAGCCCCGCGGCCCCUCUCCCAUCAACCCCUCAUUGCAGCGAGGCGCGCGGGGAAGGAAAAAAAAGGCCCAGGCUGCAAGAAUAACUGUGCUGUGGUGUAAUAAAUUCAGCAUAACUGUAUUAUAAGAGAUGAGGAUAGAAAAUACCUGCUCCCCAGGCUGCUGUUGCUGUAGCUGUAUCCAUUGCUGCAAUUCUGAGGUUACAAGUAGGUGAAAUCUGCUGCAAUGGUGGGAGCUCAGCAGAUAGAGAUGCAGGCAGCAGCAGUGCCAGCAGUGGCACCAACAGGUGGAGGUCCUGGUGGCAGCAGUGGCGAUCAUCAGUAUGAAUGCUUGGAAUGCGGCAAAGUGUUCAAAUGGUCAUCGCGGCUCAUCCACCACCAGCGGACUCACACAGGCGAGCGCCCUUACAAGUGCUCAGAAUGCCCCAAGGCUUUCAAAGGUUCAUCGGCCUUGCUGUAUCACCAGCGCGGACACACGGGUGAGCGACCAUAUAAGUGUGGUGAAUGUGGCAAGGCGUUUAAACGGUCAUCCUUGCUUCAGAUCCAUCAGAGCGUACAUACUGGUCUGCGUGCUUUUAAGUGUGCUCACUGUGGCCUGGCCUUUAAGUGGUCUUCCCAUUACCAGUAUCACCUGCGCCAGCAUACUGGAGAACGCCCCUAUCCCUGCCCAGCAUGUGAUAAGGCUUUUAAGAACUCCUCUAGCUUGCGACGGCACCGCCAUACACAUACGGGUGAGCGUCCUUAUGUCUGCCCUAUCUGUGGCAAGGCUUUCACCCAGUCCACCAACCUACGACAGCAUCAGCGAGUGCACACUGGUGAGAGACCCUAUCGAUGUCAGGACUGCGGUAAAGCUUUCACGCACUCAUCUAACCUAGCACUGCACUGCCGAUCAGCACAUGCUGCCCGCCCUGCCCACACCUGUGUUAUUUGUGGUAAAGCCUUUGCAUCUGACACCUAUUUGCAGCAGCACCUGGAGACUCAUGCUGAUGUUGCACCUCCAGCACAGCUCUUCUUGGAGGAACCAACCACCACAGUAGAGAUGGUGUUUCGCUGUAGCCUCUGCCACCUUACCUUUCCCUUGCAAGAGCAACUGUUAAGCCACCAGGAAACGCACUUGGCCCCAGCAGAGCCAUUGCCUCUGCCAGAAAUGACAUCGCCAUCAGUGCAGGAGCAGGCAGCACCUGUAGUAUCUCCCACGCCCUCAGUAUCUUGCUCAGUGUGCAAUAAGACUUUCAAGAGUGCAGCGGGUUUAGCAAGGCAUCAGCAGAGCCAGCACUCAUCAGAUCGCACGUACACCUGUGUGGUGUGUGAGCGCUCCUUCCCUGCAUUGGCCAGCCUAUUGGGCCACCAGCGUUCACAUCCCCCAGCUGAACAGCGGCUGGAGGAAGCUGAAGUGACAUGUCCGGCACAGGCUGAGCCAGUGCCUACUUCCACGGUGAUGCCACCUCCACCGCCCGAGCGACCCUAUGUGUGUGGAGAGUGUGGGAAGUCAUUCAAGGGCUCCUCUGGGCUGCGUUAUCACCUCCGUGAUCACACAGGUGAGCGCCCCUAUGCUUGUAGUGAGUGUGGGAAGGCCUUCAAACGUUCAUCGCUGCUGCGCAUUCACCAGCGGGUACAUACGGGGCUGCGUGCCUUCACCUGCCCCACCUGUGGGAUGGCAUUCAAAUGGGCCUCUCAUUACCAAUACCAUUUACGCCAGCAUACUGGAGAGCGCCCAUAUGCCUGCCAGGAUUGUGGGAAAGCCUUUAAGAAUACCUCAUGCCUUCGCCGCCACCAGCAGCUGCACACAGGCGAGCGUCCCUUCGCCUGCCAGACCUGUGGCAAGGCUUUCACCCAGACCUCCAACCUCCGGCAGCAUCAGCGGGUGCACACUGGCGAGAGACCCUAUUGCUGCCGGGACUGCGGCAAGGCAUUCACUCACUCUUCCAACCUGGCACUGCACCGACGCACCCACUCCCGGGAACGCCCCUUCCAGUGCCCAGUUUGCUGUAAGGCUUUUGUUAUGGCAUCUUACUUACAGCGCCAUUUGCGUACCCAUAACAGCAGUGAGGCAGCCAAUCACACAACUGGUGCCUCACCUGCUGCCACUCAGGAGGUACAAAUCAUGCCCAACAUGCAGGCCACUCUGAACAUGGAGUUAAGUGGCAGUCAAGCCCCAGCUGUUUCUUCUAACAGUCAAACUUUCUUGCUAGUGCAGACAGCCCAGGGCUUGCAACUCAUUCCCAGUGUGCAGCAGCAGCAGCAGCAACAGCAGCAGCCACCUCUCCAAAGUUCACCCCCCAAACUCAUCCUUUUGCCCAGUCCACAGAUGGUAUCAACUACACCUGCCGCUUCAACCACUUUUACCCUGGUGCCAAGUGCUCCCACUACUCCAAACAAAGCUGUCCCACUUAGUCAAAGUAAGAGAAAGAAGCCUGUGCUGGUACCUCCCCCCCCACCAGUAUCUAGCAACCAGAAUAUUAUUUUAAUGCCCAGUGCUACUGGGGCCAGCCUGCAGCCUAUCCCUAAUGUGCAAAUCCAGAGGUCACCAGGACUGCAGACCAGUGGACAGAAUGUUAUUGUACUCCAGAGUUUGCCAGAACAGCAAGUGGGCACAGUGCAGAUACAAUCUAUGCCGCCCACUCCAUCAACAAGUACCAUCCAGAUUCAAACUCUGCCUCAGCAACUCCAAAACCUUCCCACUGCCCAGCAAAGUGGCACACUACAAUUUCAGACCCUGCCUACUGCCCAGCAAACUGGCACAAUUCAGAUCCAGGCUGUUCCUAAUUCUCCACAGACUGGCCUUGUGCAGAUUCAAAGUCUGCCUCUAUCCCAGAACACUGUUCAGAUCCAGAGUUUGCCUGCUGCCCAACCAGCAAAUACUGUGCAGAUCCAGGGUCUGUCCAGGUGCCCACCAGCUAGCACAGUGCAGUUCCAAACAUUUCAGCAUUCACAAAAGAUUAAUACUGUGCAAUUUCAGGCUGUACCAUCUUCCCAGCAGGUGGGGACCCUGCAGCUCCAAACCCUCCAGCCUUCCCAGCAAGUAGGCCCACUUCAGAUCCAGACCUUGACAUCUUGCCAGCAGGCCAGCUCUCUUCAGAUACAGAAUUUGCCCCAUUCAAACCAGUCUGCAAGCAGUGUUGAAAUCCAAGGCCUUGCUCCUUCCCAACAGUUGGAUAGUGUUAAUCAGAUCCAGGGGCUUAUGUCUUCCCAGGAAGGGCAGCAGCUUCAGCCUUCAGAAGAGAUGCCCAGUGUUCAACUUCAGACUCUGGGCUCAGCUCAGGAAAUGAAUGAGAUUGGAACUGCCCUAUCUAGCUCGCAUGAGCUCUCUGAAGUGGACCUCCAACAGGGAUCCAACAUGGAAGAAGAAAGCCAGAACCUGAUCGUUGUUCAGAACUCUCCAGGAGAGGAACUGCUAGGGCCUGGAGGUGAGGUUGAGAACCUUGAAGGGGUGCAAGACAUGCAUUUUGAGACUCUUCAGACUGAAGAAGGGGUUCAGAAUGUAUUAGUGUUGAGAAGGGCAGGUGGGGAGCAAACCCGUUUGUGUGUUCAGGAAGUGGAGAGUAUCCAGACUGUGCAGGAACUGUCUGGCAUCCAGUUACAUAAUACUGAUGGUAGCUCAGGGACUGGGCAGAAUCUGUUAAUCAUCCGCAGUGCCCAGGGAGAACAGACUCUCCAAGUAUUGGAGAGUGUACCAACCCUGCAGGUAAGCAGCCCGGAUAACAAUCAAGCUGCUGUUGAAAGCAACAGCACUCCUCAAAUGGUGCAGCUUUUACAAAGCCCAGUUGCAUCCCAAGGACUGCCUUCCAUUCAGAUUGUGCAAACAGUACCAAACAUGCAACUUGUUCACACCUUCUAAAAAACCAGCUGCCCCACUUGCCUGCACUUGAGUAUCAGUCAGAAACGGUCAGAUUUCUACAAAUAAUAAGGUGGGGCUAGACUGGGUGAUUUGUAUCAACUUCAAAACACCUAUAUGGGGUGGUCAGCUCACCAAGUGAGUUCUGCUUGGGUUCCUCAGGAGAAACUUUCUCAACAAACAGCUGGGUUCAACCCCUUGCCUGCUGGUCCAAAGCAUGCCCUUUGCUAUUCCUCUCCCCGAUCCCAUGUGGUCUGCCGCUGCUGCUUCUAUCCCUGCAGCCACAGUAAUCCCUGUGCCAUGCCUCCCUCAGCAUCCGUACAUACUGCACACAAAAGAGCGCCAGCCCAGUCUUUUACCCAGAUCCAUCCCUGUUUUCUUACCAUAUUUAAAACAUGUUGUUCUGGCAAAAAAGAAAUGGAUGGGCAGCCCCAUGGUAAAAAGAUUGUUUAUGAUAUCCAGGACUUCAUGUGUUCUCCUACUAGACAGGAAUGUGAUUAAUGGGCAGCUGAUUUCUCCAUUUUCAUGUUAUAACAUUGGCCAACACUGCUGUGAAAUAGCAUAAUCUCUUUUCUAAAAUGGACAAUUGGGGACAUUCAGGCUUGAGGCUGCUUGAUGCUAUAGGGGGCAACCUUAUGAGCUAGUAUAGACUGCAUCUCCCAGCUACAAUGGCUUUUAUGGUUAAAUCCUUCUGUUCCCAUUAUAGUCCUUCUUUUAUCAUGUGCAGAAGUACAAUUCUUCCUGAGUGGACCUUAGUUCCUGGUGCUAACAAAUGCGAGAGUCAAAGACCCUUGUGGCCUGGAAGGAAAAUAAAAGACUGCUUUCAUGCA